GUGUACAUAUGCGAGAAAGAGCAUAUUCCGGAUGAGCUAAUUCUUCAGGUCUAUGAUAUGCUGCCUGAAGAUUAUUCUAUUUGGUAUUUAUUAUAUGUUGGCAUAUCAGACAAAUUCCACUGGACACUUAAUACUCUUAACCGGCUUAAAUCUCAGUUGUGUGCAAGAGAGCGCAGUCUUUCUAAAUUUAAUAAUUUAUACAAUGUACUUACAGAAUAUGAGAACACUUCGUAA